UUUCAGACUGCUAAGAAACUCCCUUUUGUUAUCAAAAUCCUUAUCUGCUCGUAGAAUAGACGAUUCUUCUUCUGCUGCUCGAAAUCUUAUUAUAGCAAUGCUUAGCCUUUGUGCUGCUCCGUCGUCGACCGCCUCCUUUGUUUCCAAGCCGCCGCCGCCGCCUGUUCUCUCUAGCCGUAAAUCAGGCUUCCACGGCGUCCGAGUGGCGCAAUUAUGGCCCAUCGUCAGAAACUCUCAGGUCUCGCUCUCCGGUCCUAGUUCAACUUCAGUGGUGAUGAUGGCUAAGAAAGACGAGGAAUUGAAGGAUAUCAGAACCAAAACGACUGAACAGCUCAACGAAGAGAUUGUCGAACUCAAAGGAGAACUCUUCAUGCUUCGCCUUCAGAGAUCAGUUCGCAAUGAGUUCAAAUCCAGCGAGUUCCGUCGUAUGCGGAAAAGGAUUGCUCGAAUGCUGACAGUUAAGAGGGAAAGAGAGAUCGACGAAGGAAUUAACAAAAGGAUAUCUCGAAAACUUGACAGACAAUGGAAGAAAAGCAUUGUUGUGAAACCACCACCUUCAUUGUUGAAGUUAAGGGAGGAAGAGGCGGCUGAAGAAGCCAAGGAAUCAUCUACGUGAGCGAAAGCUACUGCUACAUCUCGAUCUGUUGUAUGAAGUUCAUCUUCCUCCUCAGGUUUAGAUUCUUCUUUUUUUUGGGGGGGAAUUUCUUGAAUUGUAGAAUAUGUUUGAAGCAGAAUUGAGCAACCACUCAGAGAUUAUUUAUUAUAUUUAUGUGAUAACAUGAUAUUGUGUAAUGCUUACCACUUUAGGCAAUGUCUCACAUGUUUUGCCA